CCUAGUUUUCGGCUGAACCCGCGUUGGAAUGAAGAAAAUACUGGGUGCAGGUGUACAGCCAUCGAAGAACACUUGAGUUCAACCCAACCAACCCAACUCAGCUCAGCUCCACCCUACACUCGCAACCCCCCCCCCCAUACCCUUGGAACCACACUAUAGCCCCCACCCAACUCCAUCCUAUCUUCCUGUUCAGCUUAACCCGCAUUGGCACCCGCUCUUGAAGAAACCACUGGUGGGCGACUUGCACACCCACGCAACCAAGGACGAAGGAUGAGUCGAGUCGAUGAGUUGCUUGAUUCCAAACUCAUCUCAUUCAACAGCUGCACGAACAUACCCUCUAUUGGCCGUUAUUCUUUUUUCUCCACUGUUCCACUGUCAUUACGACCCUAACAUGUCCAACAUCGAUGUCCUACCUGCAGAGAUCCUCGCUGACAUCUUUGGUCACGAAGGUCUCGCCGACAUCACUCGCCAGGUCUGCAGACGCUGGCGUAGGAUCGCUCUCCCUAUCUGGCUACGACGACUGACCCUCCUGCCCAGUGAUCCCUUCAAAGACUUGGGCAUCCUUUCCUACCUCAAAUCCCUCCCCCUGGACGACCGUCUCUCUAUCCGUGCCCUCGACCUCAGUCCCGGCCGCCAGCACGAUAGCGUCAGCGUUAGUGCCUAUUUUGAGGAGGUCGCUGAUCAGGAUUGCGUCAGGAACGUGCUCUUGAUCCAGUCGCUUCUGGGAUCCAGGAUCAUAGAUUUGACAAUCAAUGAUACAGGAUGGGCGCCUGAUAGCCUUGUGGAUAUCUCACAGAUGGCCCUCUUGACGACCCACCAUCUCGCUUGUUUUCAGAUCUCGCUGCUCGCGGUCGAAUCCUGCGUGAUGCCUGAGCUGAUGAAUUCUAUCCUGGAGCUCUUUCGACGCGACGCAAGCCAUCUUAAAUUCCUCGUUCUGGACCUCGCCCAAUCGCUGGAUACGGAUCACUGGGAGACUAUGGCAGACUGCACAGAGCUGCAAUCCUUCCAUCUGGGGCUCCAUCGAUCCUCGGAACCCAUCCUCACAAGCAUCUUGGAAACUGUGCUUCCCAAAUGGUCCUCGCUCACGUCAUUGUACAUCUGUCAACCGCGCUUUGUCUCUGCAGAAACCUUACGAUGUCUUCAUAGAGACCUCCCGCGUCCAGAUCGACUACGAGAACUACAUUUGAUCUUUGAAGCGUGCCAGGCUUCGUUGUACGAGCAAGAGUUCAUCGAGAUGGUCCAUGCAAUGCCGAACUUGCAGAUCCUGGAGGCGCAUUUGGAUUGGACGAACAGGAUGAUGGAACAUGUGGCGAUUACGCUGUCGGAUCUGAGGGAACUAUCGAUUACUUGCUCUGGGUUGGAUUUUACCUGCAGAGGAAUCGUGGACGUCGCAUGGGGUCAGGGACUGGAGAAGGUGAAUAUGAGGACUUCAGGAAAGAUCUGGAGUGGGUUUCUGGAGGCGGUUCGGAAGCGGUCGAGGCGGGUCAAGAUUCUGGUGUAUGGGUCGAUGAAGUGGGGAGGAUCUGUAGAUGAAUGGGAGUAGCAAGGCCGAAGCGAGAGAAGCGACCUUUGUUGCGCGACGAGGGGAGGGGUUUACGGGUGUGAUUUAGGGAUGGAUAUCUAUCUCGACGUACGGCGCGAGAAACAUCUUUAGUGCAUGACUUCGUAGUUCGCAUGGCCCUAGACUAUAAGGCUGGGCUCCACGGAUUAAAUGCCGCUAACUCCUGUCACAGCAGUCGCACCUCUUAACCUAUUAAAGAGUUAUUCUUCACUGCGGGAUAAACUGAAACCAACGUUUUCUUUUUUUUUAGGCGUAGAGUAUGGACGCUGACAAAGGAAGAAGGGGUACAUGCAGACCAUGGCCGUGCUGCACUGCACAG